AUGGACGACGAGUUGGUUGCGGCUGUGCUUGCACUCGCCCCCCCUACCACGUCAUCUCUUCGUGCGUGGAAGGAGGGCUACCUUGUCCGUGGUGCCGACACUGUGGAGAAUGCAACUGCGCUCGUGACGGCCACCGUCACCGCUGCGCUCACCGACGCCGCUGGCAACAGUGAGCGGGUGGCGCAGAGCAUUGCGCUGCUGGUGGCACCGCUGGUGGUGACGCUGUCGGAGACACAUGCCAACUCGGCCGUGGCCGCGCUCGCCAAUCGCAUCGCCGACUCGUUCACAGCCUGCUCGUGCCCGCCGCCGUCGGGAUCGGAGGCGGCGACGGCCGGCUCGGUGGUUGCGCGGAGCCGGGCUGCAGCAAGCGCGGCGGCCAACGAGCUCCGCCCGCGGCGCGGCGCGAUUGUCUCGCCGCUCUCGUCGCCGACAUCAGCACGAGCGCGGGCACGGUCAAGCUCGGGCGCGUCGUCGAGCUCAACCGGCGGCUCGACGCGGCGGACCUCGCUCUCGCCGCUCGACCACAUCGAUCCGCACGCGCUGCACCACUCGGACCUGUUUGGCCCGCUGUUCCGGACCCGGAUCCGCGAGUCGGGUGUAACGGUACUCGAGCUGCGGCGCGCGGUCGGCUCGCUCCGGCGCGAGCAGCUGCUCGCGUCGGUGGCCGGUGUGGCGCGGGCGCGCGGCAUGCUCGACGCUCUCGACGCCGCGGCCGACGGCCGCGACCCAGGUGCCGCGUCGCGGGCGGCGCGCAACGCCGCGGCCGAGGCCGACGCCCCGGGCAUGAUGUUCCACUACAAGUACUACGCGGCGCAGGUCCCGCUCGCGGUUUCCGAGCCCGAGAUCGAGGACGUAGUCAACGCCGUGGUGGCACCCAAGGACCUCGCCACGCGCAAGCUCGCGUCCAAGGUCCUCCUCAAAAUCUUUAUCGACAUGUUUUGCGCUGCGUCGGAGCCCGCAGCGGCGGCUCUUGCGGUCCAAGGUGUGGUCUUUGAGCUGGUCACCACCGCCGGGCCGCGCGGAAGUCUUGACGCCGACGCUGCGCUCCACGGCUUCAACCUGCUCCUCAACCUGGCGACCCAUCUGGAGCUCUACGCCCAGUCGGCGGUCCUGCAGUUCUCAGCCGAGUCGACGGCGCUGGCGGCGCUCGACCUCGGUGACCUGCUCGGGGCCGCCGGCGCGUCGGCGCGGAUUGCGGUCAUGCACGACGCCGUGUUUGAGGUCCUCGCCUCGGCGGCGCUCCUCGCGCUGCUCUCGGGCCACACGUCGGUCAAACUUUGGUCGGCAGUCCUCAACGCGCUCUUCCUCCUCGCCACCGACGCCGGCGCUGUGCUUCCGGCGCGCGUGGCAGCGCUCGACCCACGCGUGGUUGUCCACCUCCUCGUCCACAUGCCGCACCUCUCGCCGGCAACGACGGGUGUUCUCGCGCGAAUGCUCCUCUUUGCACUCUACCCGUCGGCGCCGACCGACGUGGAGACGACGGCCGAGCCAUCGUGGCUCUAUCUCGACACGCAGCGGCUUGGGCUCAUUGCCGCACUCUUCACCCCGCACCUGGCCACGCCGCUCGGCCCGAUUCUCGCUCUGUACGAGUCGUGUGACUCGCACGUGGCACUACGCAUAUACUUUCGGCUCAUUUUUGACGUCUCGGCGCAUGCGGUCGCUGCCGCCGGCACGCUCAAAGUCACCGGGCAGGCGCUCAGCGCCAUCUGGCACCUGCUUGCGGCAUUUGAGGCGCCCCUGCUGUUCAAGUCGAUGUUUGCGCACGUGGCGGCGCGGUUCCCGGAGCGGUUCCUCCGGCAUGUCUUCUUUGAGCAGCUCUCCGGGACAGGCUCAUCCAAGCAUCUUUCGUCGUACGCCAAGACGCUGGAUAAGACGCUCAUUGUGGCGCUACUGUACAACAUCGAGAAGCUGGCGUCGACGCAUCUGAUCGUCUCGUCGCGGCUGACGCCGCUGUCGUCGGCAACCGCGUCGCCCAUGCUCGUCUCGCUCUUUGCCUCGCCGCUGGUUGCCGACUCGGCCAACGCCGUGGCCCUCCUGGUCUCGAUGCUCUCGUCGGGCGCCGAGCGUGAGUCGCUGCUCGGCCUCCCGCUGCUGCUGCGGUUGAUGCGGUCGGGCUCGUCGACGCUCCUCCGCCACGCGCUCACGGUUGUCUCGCGGGUCCUCGCCACCAAGCGCGCCGCAGUGAGCCGCGGUGAGGCGAGCGGGAGCGGGGGCAGCAGCGACGGCAGCGCGUCGGGCGAGCACUCGGCCUCGCUGCUGGCGUACUUUGACUGGCUCAAUACGGCGUACGUCCACUUUGCGGACACGGUCGCCAUCUCGCCGGUCCCGUUCCACCCGUCGCUUGCGUUUGACGCGCCAGGCGGGGGCGACGCGCCGGGCGGGGGUGGCGGUGGUGGCGUCGGCGGCGACAGCAAGGCGCGUGUCCUCGUCCUCUCACACUCGGUCCAGCAGCACGUUGUCCGUUCGCUCGUCGGUAUCCUCCUCGACCAGCUCGCGGUGCCGUGCUCGGCCGAAUGGGGCGCGUCGGCGUCGGCGGUGGACGCGUUUGUCUCGGGCGCUUCGCUUGUCCCGCGCGACCUGGUCAAGCUCCUCGAUCCAGACUUUCUUGUGGCGCUCUUCAGGGUUGCCGACCCACGGGCUGCCGCCGCGCACCGGGCCGUCCUCCUCAUGUUCCUCAUCGCCAAGUCGUCGCAGAGCCAGACGCUCAAGGCCAUCGGUGGACUCGGGUUCUUUACCCACCUUCUCGACGACCCGGACGAGCACAUCGCGUACCUCGCGGCGUCACACCUCGCAGACCAGCUCAAGGCCGAGAAGCCGGCACAGUACGAGGCGCUCACCCAGCGUGUUGCUGCCCGCUUCCCGCAGCUUGCCAGCCUCGCCCAUCAUCCGUGGGUCCAGAUGGUCGGCAUCCUCCGCAUGCGUGCCGAAAAGUCGCGACAGCAGGGGCCCCGGUCAUGAUCGUAACCCAACUACGAGCCAUGAACAAGGACAUCACAAACAACCAACGGGUG